AUGUUGCUAGUAUCCACUAAACAGAUUGAAAUGUAUGGACAUUCAUCUAUGCCAAGUACUUCUUCAGCCAAAGAUGUCUAUCGGCAACAAAGUCUUCAAAAGAUGAAAAGAAAAUAUGCUGAAUUUGAUUCUGCGAAGAAGAAGGCCUAUAUUGAUAAAGUUAGGAACAGGAACAAGCUAAAGAAUCCACAAGAUAAGUGGUUUUUGAGAGCUCAAAUAACAAUGAAUGAGUCCGAAGGCAUAUAUCCAACGGCACAACCACAUUACGUUGGGUCAGAUGAUGCGUAUCGAGUGAAGAAGUAUGUGAUUAACUCUAGAAGUUCAGAAUCAAUCGUCAACAUCAUAUUCAAUUUGUCAAGAUUGGGGCCUUUGUAUUCCCGACAAUAUCCACUGGACAAGAAGAUGAAAGAGCAUUUUUAA